AGCAGCAGACAAUAACAGCCAACUUCAGGAUGUCGACCGCCCCGAGAACCGUGCACGCGUACGCCGCCUUCGGUCAAGGCGAGCAAGUGAAGCCCUGGGAGUACCAGUCCCGUCCGCUCGGCCCCGAGGACGUCGAGAUCAAGAUCUCGCACUGCGGUAUCUGUGGUUCGGACGUGCACACCAUCGACAGCGGCUGGGGCCCGACCAUUUACCCGUGCGUGGUUGGCCACGAGAUCAUCGGCGAGGUCACUCUGGCCGGCGACAAGGUGAAGGACCUGAAGGUCGGCGAUCGCGUGGGCGUCGGCGCCCAGGUCUGGGCCUGCCUGAACAAGGACCCCAAGGCCCCAUGCAAAGAGUGCGCUAGUGGAGACGACGCCUACUGCUCCCGCAAAGUGUGGACGUACGGCGACACGUACCUGAACGACAUGGCCAUUUCCUAUGGCGGCUACGCCGACUACGUUCGUGUGGCCCACGAGUACGCCUUCAAGAUCCCGGACAACAUCCCGUCGGACGUGGCGGCGCCGCUGCUGUGCGCCGGUGCGACGGUGUUCACGCCGCUGAAGGAGGCCGACGUGAAGCCUGGCAAGCGCGUGGGUGUCGUGGGAAUUGGUGGCCUGGGCCACUUGGGCAUCCAGUUCGCCAAGGCCUUGGGCGCUGAUGUCGUGGCCUUCUCGCGCUCGGCCAACAAGGAAGACGAGGUACGUGCCCUGGGCGCGACGGAGUUUAUCGUGUACACGGACGAGAAGCAGGCGGCGGACGCGGCCGAGUCGGUGGACGUGCUGCUGAUCUGCGCCAACGCUGAGAACAUGCCGUACUCGCUGUUCCUGAGCUUCCUGGCCGUGCGCGGCACGUGCAUCAUGGUGGGUCUGCCCAACGACGACGUCAAGUUCAACGCAUUCGGCGUGGUCGCGAAAGGCGCCAAGUUCGUGGGCAGCAACAUCGGCAGCAUGCAGGACAUCCAGGACAUGCUGGACGUCGCGUCCAAGAAGAACGUGCGCGCGGUGAUCCAGAAGCUGCCGAUGGCCAAGGUGAACGAGGGAAUCAAGAUGGUGCGCGACGGCUCGGUGCGCUACCGCGUGGUGCUGGAAAACUAGGCGCUCAAUGACUGUAUUGAAUGAAGCAUACUGCUAACAUAGUGUAGUUCUCUUAGCGUAAGCUAAGUAGUUCUCUUAGCGUAAGCUAAGAGCAUACAGUCACACCUCUAUAAAUGACACCUAGUUCGCUCGGUCU